AUGGCAACUGAGAUAUUACAGACGGGAUUACAAUUGGCAAAGUCAGCUGUUGAAGCGGAUCAGAAGAAGAAUUAUGCAAUUGCUUCGACAUUGUAUGAACAGGCGGUGUUGAACUUGAAGUUGGCAAUAGUUAGUGAACGUGAUCCGGCAAAGACAGCACUUAUUACUUCAAAGAUCGAUGAGUACACACAGAGGAAUAAGUUUAUCAAGAGUCUAGCGGCACAGCAGCCCGCUGCCCCACCUGCUACUGCAGCCCCGCCCGCCAACAACUUGGCCUACAACUUCCCUUCGAUCCCAUCAAUGGUCUCACCAUCCGUUGCAAACAACGCAUCAUCCAAUAGUGGACAAUCUCUACAAUUCAAUGGACGAUUCCCAGAUACCCCUGGUACUACUGGUGUUGGUGCUGGCGCUGGUGCUAAUGGCUAUAACUUCCCAAUGCCACCACAACAACAGCAACAGCAGUUCCCACCACAACAACCUCAGUAUCAACAGCAACAGCAGUUCCCACAACAACAGAAUGCCAACCUGUCCAAGCUAUCACAGCUACAUGGUGGCGGUGAUCAAUUCAAUUACAGACCAAACAUGGAUAGAGUUGAAUCCUACGAGAUUGCAAAGAACUUGGCAUCAAAGGGACGCAAGGAAGAGGAGACUAGGGACUACAAGAAGGCAAGCGAAUACUAUCAACAGGCCUGCACAUACUACUUGCAAGCCAUAAAGAAUGAACCUGAUGCAGUCAUCAAGAAGAGCAUCAGUGAUGAGGCCAAGGUCUAUCUCGAUAGAGUGGAACAACUUAAGCCAUAUGUACAGCAGCAACAACAACAGCAACAGCAGCAACAACAACAAUCACCUCCACAACAACAUCAUCAGCCACAACAACAACAAUAUAAUCACUCACCUACAAACUCAAUGAUGGGAUUCCCAUCUGUUGGCUCUGGAAGCAGUGGCGGUUUGCCAACUGCGGCAUUCCCAUCGUUUGGAGGCAGCACCAAUAGCAUGGGAGCAUUCCCCUCAGUUGGCAACCUAUCAUCGGCCUCAUCGUCUGGAGGCUUCCAACCCCAGCGAGGCAUUGGCUUCGGUCCGAACGGUCAGCUGAUGACCCCCACGUCGACCAUACCAUCAACGUUCACUGGCGGCGACCGAUGCGCCGCGUGCCAGGCCACGCUGUCCACCAACAGCAUCAAGGCAUUGGACCGAUUCUGGCAUCCCGAGUGUUUCUCUGUGGACAAGGUCGUUGCGUACCUGCUAAUGACCGAGACCAGAAUGGAGAUUGUUGGCACGGCUUAUGAGCGCAGGUCACGCAAGACCCGCGCCAAGCUGGGCCGCUGCGAGUUCUUCCAGUCAUCAAAAUUCCCACUAUCUAAGGACCGCUUCGAAGGCGACUUCUUCUUUUCGGUGCCACCUAACCUGUUGCCAUCCGAGGUGGCUGGUGUCGACGCAUCCUUUGUCCGAGAGUAUCAACUGGUGGUCAAAUGUGUUGGUCCUGUCGCCAAGGUCAUGACUGUCAAGCUAAGAUUCAAUCUAAAUGUAUUGGAGAAGGCGCAAUAA